CUCUUUUCACUGCUCGACAGACCACAACUGAGACCUACAUUUACCUGAUAUAAGUCAAGCCAUUCUGUUACCUGGCACAUCACGACACAAGCGCCAUACAAAAACCUAACUGUCCAUCAUGUCCAAAGUAAUGCAGAAGAUGGAGGCGUUGUUCAAACAACUGGACAAGGACAACAACGGCUAUCUGGACGAGAGCGAGCUGACGGCGCACUUUGAGAAGAGAUGUUUAAACACGGAGCUCUUGAAAGAAUAUUUCCGAUUCUUUGAUGGUCCAGACGGCAACAAGAAAAUUGUCUUCGAAGAAUUUCUUGCUGGGUGGCAAAAAAUGGCGGAUGUACCAUGUGACCUAAGGAGCCUAUCAGAAACGUAUGACGAAGACAAGGACGGAUUCCUCACUCGACGUGAGCUCAAGACUCUCGUGGAGCGCAAGAGGGAAUAUUUCCUGGAGUUUGAUGACGUCUUAGAGCUGGUUGACAGCUUCGAUACCAACAAAGAUGGGAAGAUAUCGAUACUAGAGUUUGUUGAAGGCUACUCCAAGUACAAGAAGUAGCUACAGCUACUUACUAUAAUCACGUGUAGUUGCGAAGAGCUAUAUACAUUCGUUCAAU